AAACUCAUUAACAAUUUAUCAACACUGGCCGCUCCAUGUGGCCUCCGUUUCUAUGGCGACCGGCGCCGGGUCUCUUCUGAUUGGUUCAGUCGACGUAGCGUAUCCAAUGAAACGCCUUCCGAGGGGAAAGCCAUUCAGCAGGCUGGCGCCGCAGAGAGCGCACUGAGUCAGACCCUGCGGUGUUUUCUGCUCAGACGGCAGAGAAAAAAGCUUAGAGGAGGAAUAAACCGGAUCCGAGCGAGCCCAAACGGACGGAACCGGCACGGGACGCAAUCCAGAGCCUUCACACCAUCCAAACCCUUCAAAUCUGGAUCUCCCCCCCAAAAAAGAGCGUCUUCGCUUUGCGGUUAUAUAAGAAAAAAGAGGAAGUGCCUUCUUUGUCUCUAUAGGCCCGCGUGAGUCAUUGAUAAAUAACACGACCUGCUCACAAAUGCAUGAAUGAGCGCUGAGGGAGCAGAAGGGAACUCGCAGUCGGGAUAUCUCAGAAGGAAAUCCGCGUUUUGCGCCUCGGUUUUGCGCCACGACGCGCACGGGACGUUCGGAGUGACAAUUUAUCUAUUAGAUUCUUCCCUCAGAACCUCGGAUCUGUGUCGCCAAGGGCCUUUUUUCCAGCUUGGAACGCACUGAAGAAAAAAAAGGAAGCCCCUGCUUUUUUUUCCCCCAACAUCAUUUGCACUCCUGCUUAUAAAUGCUCGAUAAACUGAAGAACGUCGUCCAGCUCGACUCGGUGAUGGCGAUCAGCAAGACGGCGGGCUGGCUGCGCGAGCAGCUGGAGGCGCGCCGGGACGCCCUGCUGCUGAUGGACUGCCGGGCCCGGGAGCUCUACGAGUCGUCGCACGUCGAGACGGCCAUCAACGUGGCCAUCCCGGGCCUCAUGCUGCGCCGCCUCAAGAGGGGCAACCUGCCCGUGCGCGCGCUGCUGUCCGACGGCGAGGACCGCGAGAGGUUCGCGCGCCGGUGCAAGACGGACACCAUCGUGCUGUACGACGAGUACAGCCGCGAGUGGAACGAGAACGUGGACGGGGGGUCCGUGUUGGGUUUGCUGUUGAGGAAAAUGAAGGACGAGGGCUACAAGGCGUUUUACUUGGAGGGUGGCUUCAGCAAAUUCCAGGCUGAGUAUCCGGGUCUGUGCGAGACCAACCUGGACGGGUCCACCCACAGCAGCAGCUCCCCCACCGCGCAGGUUCUGGGUCUGGGCGGGCUGCGCAUCAGCUCGGACUCCUCCGAUAUCGAGUCGGACAUCGACCGGGACCCCAGCAGCGCCACGGACUCGGACGGCAGCCCGCUGUCCAACCCGCAGCCCUCCUUCCCGGUGGAGAUCCUGCCGCACCUCUACCUGGGCUGCGCCAAGGACUCCACCAACCUGGACGUGCUGGAGGAGCACGGCAUCAAAUACAUCCUGAACGUGACUCCCAACCUGCCCAACCUCUUCGAGAACGCAGGGGAGUUUAAGUACAAGCAGAUCCCCAUCUCGGAUCACUGGAGCCAAAAUCUCUCGCAGUUCUUUCCCGAGGCCAUCAGCUUUAUUGAUGAGGCUCGGGGCCAGAAGUGUGGUGUUCUGGUUCACUGCUUGGCCGGCAUCAGCCGCUCGGUGACCGUGACGGUGGCCUAUCUGAUGCAGAAGCUCAACUUGUCCAUGAACGAUGCUUACGACAUUGUCAAGAUGAAAAAAUCCAACAUCUCACCCAACUUCAAUUUCAUGGGCCAGCUCCUGGACUUUGAGCGCACACUGGGCCUGAAGAGUCCCUGUGACAACAGAAUGGCGCCACCGAGCCAACAGCUUUACUUCACCACCCCGACCAACCACAACGUCUUCCAGCUGGACGCCCUGCAGUCCACGUGAGGCUUGCUGUCCGCACGCCUCUCCUUCCCGGAGGUUUAGUGGGCCUCCUGUUAAAGAAAAGUUUCUGGCUGUGGAUGUUUCUGCCACAGCUGGUUUGAGGAGACAGCUGCUCAGCUCGGACACUGGUCUAAGCAGUCUGACCAGUAUGCAGCUGCUGCUGACUGAGGAGAGUGUAAAAGACAGAACACACUCAGUUUGAUAGUGAAUAUUCUUUACACUAUCAUAUUUUGCUGUCAGAACUAUAAAGAAUUUUCUUUUUGUUAUUGUAUCUGAGAAAAUUCAAGGUGAUUUGUUGGAGAGCUGUAUGUUAUGCUUCAAAGUUCCUGGGGUGUUGUGCCAAAGAGACAUGAUUGCUCAAAUAGGACUGAUUAAUUCUGUUUUGUAUGCUUGUUUUGGGGGUGGAGCAUCUCUCCAGGAUGCACUGUUUCCUUCAUCUUCUGUGAAGACUUAGCUGUGUGGGGUUAAAGCACCCUGGCUUUCGAAGGCACACUAUAUACUGGACAUCAUUUUACACUUGUUGAGUCUUUUCAAACCUUUAUACAUUGUGUAUAUAUCUUAAUAUAAAGACAGUGAAAGCCUUGCUGUAGUGUAUGUCCCAUAGAAGUGGGUAAUUCUGCUGACUCUGUUUAAUAUUUUAGUUUUAUGUAAGCAAAACAAAGUGAAUAUUGAUCAUUAUGUUUGACUUGACAAUACCAAAAUAUCCAAACAAUAUGCUACAUAUAUAUAUAUGCUAUACAUAUAUAUAUAUGUAUAUAUAUAUAUACCUGUAUGAAAUGCUUUAUAAGUGAAUUUAGCCUCUAGCCUUUUUGCACCCACUCCUCACAAAUCAGUCACCUUGGUUCUUUGCCUUAUUUGCACACACAGGGUUAAUAUUGCACAUUACCCUUCAGAGGUUCAAAACUUUUAGUUACUCCAUACAAUCCCAUAUUUGAAAUUUUACGGCACACAGAAAGAUAUCUUUCUUUCCAAAUCUUUUAACAGACUUUAAUUUGGCACCGUUAGUAAAAGCCACUGUGUGCAGUCUGGAUCUCUGAGGGUUAAUGUGAGUAAUCCUGAUCUGUGCACAACAGUUAAAACUGAUUUAUGGACAAAGCUAGGAGCUUUGCUCGCCUCACCUAUUCAGGGAAAAUUCUUAGAAAUGCAGUCUUUGAAUCCAGACCUUUGGAGGGUUGUUGUGUCCCCCCCUUCCGCCACAGAAAAGCCCUCUUUGUAGAGGAAGUCAUCAUGAUGACCUCUGCCCACCAUUUUCACUCUCUCUUACGAAUGUAAAGAAAAAAUAACUUAUUAAUAAAUUGCUAUUUUGUCUACAGUUUCUGUUUAUUCUGCCUGUUUUUCAACAUACUUGUUUUUGUGUAGUCUACUUCCACAGAGAUAACAUUUUAUAUGUGUUUCUUCACAUCUAAGUGUUAACCUCGA